AUGAACCACUAUACCCUUUUAAUCGUUGAAGACGACAAUGAUCUGCGCCCUAUUUUGGUAGAACAACUGCAAAUGCAUAAGGAAUUUGAAGUACUUCAAGCAAAAACAGCUGAAGCAGGAAUAGCAAUAACCCAAGAAAAAAAUAUUGAUCUCGCUAUUUUGGAUAUUGAACUAUCUGACCUUGAUGGGCGUAAAGCGGUCAAAAAAUUACGCUCUCAAGAAUUUCGCGCUCCCAUUAUUAUGAUUACAAAUCAUGAUACAGACUGCGAUACCCUUUUAGAUCUUGAAUCAGGUGCCAACGAUUAUGUAGUAAAACCCUUUCGCUUUGCAGUGUUAUUGGCACGGAUUCGUGCCCAAUUACGCCAAUAUGAACAAAAUGAUGAUGCAAUUUUUUACAUCAGUUCCUAUAGUUUUAAACCCGGACAAAAACUCCUCAUUGAUCAACAUAACAAUAAAACGCGUCUCACAGAAAAAGAAGCAGCAAUUCUUAAAUAUCUCUAUCACACUAAUAAUCAGAUCGUAAGCCGCGAAACACUAUUAGAACAAAUUUGGGGUUACAAUGAAAACAUUGUUACCCAUACCUUAGAAACGCAUAUUUAUCGUUUACGACAAAAAAUUGAAAAAGAUCCCUCCAAUGCACAAAUUCUCAUUACCGAUCAAAAUGGCUAUCGCUUAAACCUUUAA